AUGCCGAAGGACAGGACCGACCCCAAAAAGACGAUCCGUCGCGCCUGCGAUGCCUGCCACCACCGCCGGGUCCGCUGCAACCACGCGAACCCGUGCGACAACUGCGUCAGGCUGGGCAUCCCCUGCUCCUGGAUCAAGGCAUCCAAGGGCAAGCAGGCGUCUGGGAGGCGGAUCGACCUGCUGCGCAAGGGCCACAACCCGGCCGCAGGCGAUCUAGGCCCGGAUGCGGUUGCCGCGUCGUCCUCGUCCUCGUUGCCGGCGGCGGGGCCGAGUGUGUCGACGGGCCAGCAUGCCAUGUCGCUCCAGUCAGCUCCCGUCGCGGCCGCUCACUACGCGCCACACGGCCAGAUGAGCCCGCCGCAGGGCCAUCCGCGCGACGGCGGCUCUUCGGGGAGAUGGCGCGAAUACGAUGGCGGCGUUGGCGCUCAGGAUGGUGCAGGGCCCUCGCAGUGGUCCCACCGGGACGCUGCGCGGUCGCCCCCGACACCGUCCAGGACGGGUCCACCCCGCUACCUGCCGUCGACCAGCCAGGGCCUGUACCAGCAGACGUCGGCGCACCACCACGCCAACCCUCACUACAAUGGCGCCGCGGAGCCUCCGCUGCAUCCGCAGCACCACCAAAAUCAUCACCAUCAACAGUCACUGCAGCAGCCGCAGCAUGUCAACGGUCCGCCCUCGUCGAUGCAGACUUCGGGCUCGACCCUGGCUGCGGCCUACGGCCUGCGAUCACGGCGAUCUUCAUUGACUCCCGUGGCGCCCAGCUUCAAUCCCUCCGACAACUUCAACGAAGUGCUUGGCAACUCUUUCUCCGAGCUCGCGCCCGACGUGGCCGCCGGCUUCCGCCUGCCCGACUUUGGCACCUCGUUGGCCGAUACCUACUUUAACGCGGCGCAGCAGCAAUCGCAGGACGGCAGCCGUCGCAACGUGCUGAUGGACAUGCCGUACUUUGGCGGCAGCGGCGGCGGCGGCGCGGGCCCCGGCGGCGGGCCGGCAAUGCCGCUGCCCGACGGGCCCGGUGGAUUUGCGCCUGGCAACGGCAGCAACGGGCAGCGGCCGACGGUACUCGACGUGCUGGGCAAGAGCAACCUGGCCCACGGCCGUCAGGACUCUACGCCCGGCUCUGUGUCGUACUCGGACAUCAGCGCCAUCGAUCCGCAGUCGGACUCGCACCCACUCGCCGACUCGGUGCUGAUCCCGACCAUUGCCCUCUUUUUCGAGCGGCUGCAGAGCAUCAUGCCCGUCUUCACCCGCGCCUGGAUCUUUAGCAAGCUCGACCAGAACGAGCACCACGUCGACCCGCAGUUUGGCUCGAUGCUGAUCGCCAUGUCGGCGUUUGCCCUGAUCCAGCCGGUCGAGGCGUCGGACCCGGUGGCCAUCCACGCCCGCAAGCGGCGGGUGCGCAAGCUGCUCCAGGAGGCGGUGCGGAUGCGGACGAGCGCCUUUUUCGGCGAGAACCCGAGCCUCGAGGCGACUAUGACUUCGUUCUUCAUCUUUGGCACGCUUUUCGGCCUGGGCGAGGAAAACGCUGCGUGGUUCCGGCUGAGGGAGGCCGUGACGCUGGGCCACCUGCUCCGCCUGCACGAGCCGGCGGCGUACGAGUCGCUCGACAAGGCCGAGCAGGAGCGCAGGCUGCGGGCCUACUGGCUGCUCGCCAUCACCGAGCGCGCCUACGCCAUCCAGAGCGGCCACUCGAUCACCUUCCGCGGCAACCCGCGCGCCGCCACUGCGGCGAUCCGGCGCAAGUUUGACGUGUCGCAGCUCGAGGACUUUCCAAACAUCCAGUCCCGACUGUUUGACGUGGUCGACGAAAAGUUUGUUGACUGCUGGAACAAAAAGUGCCCCGGCAAGGGCUGCACCUACCUCGAUGCGGAGCGCGCCAUCUCGCUGCACGCGGCCAUCAUCGGCGCCGAAGAGGACCCGGAUCCGCGACCAUUGUCGGGCGCCGACGGCGAUGCGCGCGGAGAACGCAACGGCGGCCAUCCGACGGCGGCGCAUUCGAAUCCUGCCGCGACGUCAUCGUCGUCGGCGGCGGGGGCUGGGCCCAAGGUCAAGCAGGAGCACCGCGGCAGCUCGGCGGGCUACGCGUCGACGUCGGACUGGCACAAGGCCAAGGUGCAAAAGGCCGACGUCGACGUGACGCGGCAGUGGCUGCUGAACCGGCUGUGGCUGACGUGCCUGUCGCACGAGCUGCUGACGCCGGACAACGAGCACUCGUGCCUGCGGAUCGACUAUGCGAUCGACAUUGCGCGCGAGACGCUGCGGGUGUGCAACGCGCUGAGCCUGCGGAGCAUGGAGGCGCACGGCAUUGGGCUGACGCGCAAGCUCAACGACAUUGCCCAGACGCUGGUGGUCGUCUGCCGCGAGUUUCCGGCGAUUGCCAUGUCGGUGCCGUACGAGGGCGAUCCGAUCAACCUGGCGCCGAGCCAGUUUGGCCCGCACACGGGACCCUCGCCGUCCGAGCACCACGGCUCGCCGACGCUGCACGGGACGACCGAGUCGCCGAUCCAAGCCGCGUCGACGGGCACGACGGGCGCGGGCGGGCCCACUGCGACGACGCCGUUGGGGUCCAAGGCCUUUUCGCCGUCGUUUGCGAUCGAGGCCAUCCUUCACAAGUACCUGGACCUGUUCAAGCGCUUCCGGGGCGGCGACCACCCGUACCUGCCAGAGCUGGUCGAGGCGGUCAAGGAGCUGCCCAAGAUGGCCGAGCUAAGCUUUGACAAGUUCCUGCGCGAGAUGGGCCUGUUUUGA